AUGCCGCCGCGCCGGCGCGAAAUCCCCGCCGAAGGCUCAUGGCGCCUUGUCGAUGGCGAAAAUGAUAGCUUCGACACAAGCAUCAUUGAUACGGCGUUCGGAGACGAUUUCAGCCCUCCCUCAAGCGCUAUGCCAUCUUCUGGAUUGCCCACUCAACAAUCCUUUUCGCAAAGUCAGGGCAGCAUGAGCUUUGCGUCUCAAGACAGCAUCCGCGAUUUUAAUACCUUCCAAGACGACGAGCAAGUCAUCUUGCGCCAGCCUUUCCGGCCAACCCUGACUUCAAGCGCUGCUACGUCUAUGCAGCGUAUUUCGUAUCUGCGACCCCCCGAACUACAGCUCCGCAUGCCUCUCGUUGAAGCCAAUAAUCUAGUAGCGAGCGAGGCCUCGCGAACUGCAAAGGCUGACGAUGAUACCGAGGAAGGUAGCGUAUCGUCAGAAGACGAGCGCCACGGGGCUUGGCACGAGGAUGAGGAGAGAGAAUAUGCUAGGCUUCUAAGGGAGCAGAACGAGACUUCGCUUAACUGGCAAUACGCCGAGCCAAAUUCGCCAUCAUCAUCAACUUCAAGCUUUUCUCAGAAACUAGCCCAGGCCUUUGCCUUCUUCUACCGUUACACCGCAGUACCUCUCAUAAUCGCCCUCACAGCAUACCUCUUCUAUUCGAAUGGUAUCUCGUUUGAGAAGAUCCAGUCCUUUACUUUCGAUUCUAUAAAUGAGAUUCCCAGCGUUUCCAACUUCCAGCUUGGGUUUUUUGAAACCGAGAAAUCUAGCCGCUCUGCUACUUCUUUCAUUGAUUUCACCAACCUCAUGGAAGUUCAAUCGGGAUUUGAGAGUGUGCUGGACAAGAGCGCUUAUGGCCUCUCCAUGCCACUUGAAUUAAAGCGUUCAGAAAUCGCUACUCGAAGCUUGAGAUCUCUCCUCAAAGAGAGCGAAAUCGUGGCUAGGGAGGAUUUCAUUAUGGAGCUCAAUGCUUACAUAGACAAGGUCGGUCAGGCAGGAGGAAAUCUGCAGACAUUUUAUAUCCAUGUCGGAUCAACAGUUGAUUCCGUCAUCAAUAUUAACCGCUGGACUCUUCGUCACAUCAACUCUCUGUCCAUGGAACCAGAGGCGCCUUCUCUACCUCCUGCCGUGGCCUGGAUUGUCCGGCCCCUAAGUCUAUUCAAAUCGUCAGAACAAGCUGGUAAUGAUCGGGCUUUGCUGGAUAAAUACUCCGAGCAUAUCAACCUUGUUCAGGAUCGAUUAGAUAAGAUAAUUGAGGAAGGAAAAGCUCUCUCAUUACUCCUCCACCAAGGCCAGACUCACCUAGGCGCAAUUAAUGACCAGGCCCAACGCCUCUCUAGCGCAGAGAAAACCAAACCAAAAUCAUUUAUAUCCGCUCUCUGGGCUUAUAUCGGGGGCUUAAUGGAAGAAGAGCGCAACUUCGAUGAGCAAAUCACCCUGCUAAAAGAAGUUAAUGUACAAUAUACAAAUGCAAUGUCUCAUCUCUCAUCUCUGAUUGAUGAGCUCAAGGAUAUACGACUCUAUCUGGGAGAUCUACUCAAACGCAACGAUGAGCCUUCCGUAGCUUGGGGAGAGGAACCAAGGACCCAGACUCAUACCACGCUGAGUGAGCAGUAUGAAAUUAUUAAGAAUGCCCUGGAAAAGCUUGAACAGGCCAGAAAGAGAGCAGGAGUGAGCGAGUCAGAGAAUGAAACAGAAACCAAUGUCCAGGCCCAGACCCAGACCCAGGCCCAGAUCGAGACUGAAACCGAAACUGAGAUAAGAGAUGAGAUUAUUUACUAA